AUGGUGAAGGAGACAGAAUAUUAUGAUGUGCUCGGGGUCAGGUCCGAUGCCACUGAGGCAGAGAUCAAGAAGGCGUACUAUAUUAAGGUCCUUUGCAAAAUCUCUUGGUUGCUCUUCCGUUUGCUUUUUUCUCGUUUAGGUCGUCCAUAUGUGACACUUCUCUUAUGCUCAUGCACAAUUGGACAUCGCUGAUGUACUACUUAUUGCUUGUUGAAUUGUUCGUAUAAAUUCGUGGACGAAGAUAUGUUGCAAUCUCCGGCUUACCUAUGGUCCUUCUGCGCACUGUUACGUUCCUUCAGACGCCUAUUUUUUUCCUUUUUAUCAGACACAGAGGCUUUGGUGUGCUGUGGGCGUUAGAGAGAGCUCUAGACGAUACCGGCCAAUUUUGAUUACGAUUUUUUUUUACAACCGACUGUGCACCCAGGGGUUUCUAGCAGAGGAAAAUGAACCCCAUGUUGGGUUUGAUCUCUUAUUUGCAUUGGAUCUAAACUUGCUUACACUAGUAAAUUAUAUAUGUAUGGAAGUAUAUUUAUUUAUAAAAUAUGCAAUAUUUUCUACAUGGAUACUUUUAAAUAUUUUCUACAUGGAUACUUUUAAAUAUUUUCAAAUAUAACGAAUAUAACAUCUACUUACUCAUGUUUGAAAAGAUAUAAAUUAUGUUUUUGAGAGAUUAAAUUUUUGUUUAAAUUUUAGAUCCCUAAACUUACCUGAUGCUGACAAUUUUAGCUGCCCUUCUUUUUUUUCUUUUUUUUUUCUUUCACUUUGCGAUUAAUUCACAUUGAAUUCCGUGGGAAAGGUGAGCGAUAGCUGUACAAAAUGACAAUGUUAAAGAUGGGUUACGCAUGUUGAUCCUGUUGUAAAUUUGAUAUAGUUUUCAAUACUAUGAUCUUUUAAGGUGUAUCUUUUCCUCUUUGCAAGUUUGACACGUUUCUCAUUCCCUGUUAAAACCAUGUUCGUGAUAUAGGAGAGCUUUACACUGGACCGUAGAAAUGUAAACUGUCUUAUCCUUAUAUAUAUUUGUAUAAUCAAAAUAUAUGAAUUUGUGACUGCACAUUAUAGAACACACGUGAACGAGUUGUUAUAAUAGCCUUAGUUGUGCUAUUGUGUCAUCUUGUUAGUAGGCAAAUGUUGUUCGAUCGGUGGGAUGCCCAAAGCUAUCAUUACAAAAGGAUUAUAGGUCAUCUGAAGAUCAUUUGGCUUUAUUGGGUAGAUAUAUUUUACGAUUGGGAGGUGUUCUUGCAUGUCAUAUAUGAAUUUUGUUUUUUAAGAAGCACAUAUUUCUCUUUUAGAAGACUGUAGAGGAGUAUUGAUACUUUAUAGCUUAUUUCAUCAGGUAGCUUUCUUUCCAUCCUUGAGCUGGUUCAGUGUCCUUUGAAUGGAUUGAAGUGUCUUCUGUUUACUCUUAAUAAAGAGUGGGGUAGGUUGGUAUAAACAUGUAGAUUUCUGCAUUGUCAGUUUUUUGCUACUCUAGGCGAGGAUUCUUCUCCCUACAUUUUCAUUUUCUAAUUUUAUAAGGUACAUGUAAUUUUUUUCUUUGUGAGGAGUGAUACGUUUUACUUUUAUGCCUAGAGAUGGUUUUGCGUGUUGCCCGUAGUCCAUGGCGUGGUUCAAGAAAUCACAAUAAAUAGAGCUUUUGUGGUCAAAAUCUCUGGGGCGUUUCUGAGACUAUGCCGGUUUGCUGUUAAGACCCAAGAGAAAAAGGAAAGAAAUGAUGUUUCUUGUAUGUUCAUCUCUCUUUUUUGUGGUAGAACAUAUUUCAUCUCUUCGUUGAAAUUGCACUGUUGCAUAUGGUAAACUUGGUGGUCUCAACUUAUCCAUUUAUUUUUGUUUAUAUUAGGCAAAGCAAGUACAUCCAGACAAAAAUCCAAAUGAUCCGCAAGCUGCACAUAAGUUUCAGGUAUCAUUCAGAGUGAACAGUCUUUAUUUGGAUGAUCAAUAUCUUCACUGAACUAUGAUGAUGUAACUUGAUUAUUUUAGAAAAAAUCAAAUUUACUCAAUAUCAUGUUUUUGAAUCACAUGUUUCUGUCUACUAAAAUAUUUUUUUGAUUGCUUAUAAGGACUAUUAGCUUACCGCACUUGCCCUGUGUGUACUUGCUUACUGCAACUUUGUGAGAUAUGGCAUCCAGUUGUCAGAUAAUUUUUAAAUCCUAUGAUCCAGCCACAUUUAUGCCUUCUUUUAAUUGUUGUUGUCACAGUUCUUUGGGGAUGCGUAUGCACAUCUUCAUUUGGAUACAUAAUCAUGAUCCUUGUCGGAUGAAGGUUCAACUUUCAUUUUUGAUUGAAGAUUUCACAAUCUGUUAAAUGCUUUAAAUUUCAUAGUAAAUAUUAUCUAAUUGGUAAAAUCGUUUGAAAACUGUCAUCAUAUUUUCUUGCUUUAAACCAUCUACUAUGUUCUUAUGUGGAGCAUUUCACUGCAUUAACCAGUAUCCUAGGAUGAACGAGUUUGUACUGAUUCUCAGGCUCAAUUUCAUUACUGCUAUUUUGGUUGGACUGUUUUUUGGGCAUGAUGCUGAGCAGUUUCUUCAAUCCUCAUUUUGAUGGUAUUCCAGCGAGAGAAAGCUUGAUGCUUCACAUUUGUUCCCAACCAUUAUUUCUAGUUUUUUGGCUAUGUUACUGAUGGGUAUUUUUUUGUGAACGUGUUUAUGUUACAAUGUUAAUGCUACUAGGAACUUUGGUUCUUGGCUUCAUAAGUUGGUUUCUUUCCACAAUUGUCAAGUGGAAAGUCUCUUGGUCGUUAACAACUAAUCUUGAUUUAUUCAGAAGUAUUGUUGAAAAUAUGAUAGCACCCUUUUCUUUAUAGGGCUUAGUGCAAUCUCCCUCUCUCUCUCUCUCUCUCUCUCUCUCUCUCUCUCUCUCGUUCUAUGGAAACUUAACACUAAACUCUGUCUAAUGGAGUGGUAUAAGAGUGUAUUGAUAUCAGUCAAGGAAAAUGAACUGAAAUAUUCUACUUCUAUGAUGUCUAGGCAUUAUUCGUUGGAACGUGUGUGAAAAGUGGUUCAUUUAUUUACUUUCAAGAAAUUACUUAUCUGGGGCUACGCUUGUUUCAGGUUCUAGGGGAGGCUUAUCAGGUUCUGAGUAAUCCAUCACAACGGCAAACAUAUGACCUCUAUGGAAAAAUGAGCAUAUCAAAGUAAGCUUUUGAUUUCCUUUUUAUUUUUCUUGUUUCAUUUCUAUGAAAAUCCAAUUGGAAAUAAUUUUUUUUUGCGUUUUAUGAGCUUUGCGAUUAACUCCGAGAGAAAAAAAGAAAUGGUAUGGGUUUAACAAUAUUCCAUGUGUUGUUUACAUUUCAAGAAAAAAGUUUGCUCUUCGAUUUUUUGUGUGGUAUACCGUGAAAUAUCACGCAUAUGCAAUAUCUAUGAUGUUUAACCUCUAUUAUUACUUCACCUGUGCAAAACAUCAUGUUCUGCCCGUUAGUUGGGUCGUUAAUUGCUGAUUACAUUGGAGUAGCAGCGUGUGGAUUGAUCAUAUAUGGAUCAUUACUUUACAAUGACUUCCUGCAGUGGAUUUCUUUAACAUAUAAAAGGUUACCUUGAGCCAUAUAUGCAAGUUAGGCAAAAUACCUUAUUAGAAUUUCAUCAAGAAGAACAUUUAAAUGUAACAACUAAUGCUAGGAAACACUACCCUUCUUUUGGUUUGAAUAAUUGCUAUUUGUUGAGACAGGGAAACAAUUAUCGAUCCAGCAGCAAUUUUCGCCAUGCUCUUUGGGAGUGAACUAUUUGAAGACUAUAUAGGGAAGCUUGCUAUGGCAUCAAUGGCAUCACUUGAUAUUUUUCAAGAAGGUGAACAAGUUGAUGCCAGAAAACUACAGGAGAGAAUGAGGGUAUGUAUUCAUUAAAUAGAUCACUGUUUACCAGUUCAGUUCUUUCUUGUUUGAAUGUUUGUUGAUUCAUAACUGUCUGCAUUAUCUUAGUUUUCAAGGGUUCAUAUGAGCAACGAGACACUGUAGUAGACUAGGGCGUUGAGGCACAUAGGUGUGGAAGCUAAGCAUAUUUUCUUGGUGACUGUAGUCUCCUUGUCCUGUUGGGAACUUUAUUGAGCAAAAAUAAACGUGAAUAUAUCACUAUUAAAUUAUACAUUCAUGUGGAUAUUUUUCGUCAUUAAAAGCCAUAUCCCAAUGCAGAAGAUGGGCGAAUUUCACGUCAAGUCGAUGACUGAAAUGGGAUAGUCUUAUAUGUAGUUUCAUAUUGAUCUCAAUGACAAAGUUUAAUCAAAUCCGAAAAGUAUUCUUCUUAAUGUGAUAGAGCUUACUAAAUAUUAAAAGCCGGAACACUGUAGUGAAACUCCUGUAAAGGUUCUUUCCUCUUGAGCGGAUCACUUUCUUUGUUUAAAGGUGGUUCUGAUAAAAUAUUAGAUUAUAUAUAAUUACGGUGUUGGUUGUGUUUCCCAUGUGAUGAGGUAUGAUGCUUUUCCUGUUUAUGGAAGAUGAACCCAUAACGUUACAAGCAGUAGAUACUUUUAUUUUGUAAUUCUUAUUAUAUUCAAUUAUCAUUUAAAGAUGUGGAAGCUUCUCAUUCCACAGCUACUAAUGCAUUUUUCUCUCAUUCAUAUAUCAAGGGUUCUCUUUAGGUCUCAUUGCUUAAUUGAGAGGCGAAUGGUCGUUUUGGCAUAUUUUGCUUGUUGCACAUGCAUAUGGAUAUGUAUUUUGUUCUAAGAAAUGGAUAGCUGGUAUAGAUUGAUAAAUUUGGCUUCAGGUUUUAUGUAUUUUGAAAAUCCGGACAAUGUGCACAUGUGUGAUUAGAAUUUUGAGGGAUCUUGUAUUUAGGCAGGUAUAUGAAUGGUCCAUUUCUUGACUUCCCAGUGGAGGUCUCGAAAGGCCCCAUCCAUUAUUUUAUGUAUGGACUCUUUUUGGUUGUGGGAGCUUACGAGGAUCAAAUUUUAUGUUGGAGCCCACUUGCUAUAUUUGGUUUCGUCACUUAUAAUUUAUGACCACAAGUUUUCCCCCACGCUUAAAUGAGUCAUCCCCGUUGGUUGUUUACUUGGUCCAACCUCACCCUUGCAUCUUUCUUCUGUAUUGGUGGCCAGGUAAAAACUCGUGUUGUGCGGUUUUCAGUAAUAUCUUCUAUAAGAAAGCGAGUACCAACUUCAGAUUCCUCGAUUUUCAGGGAAAAAAAAGUCUUUCCCUUGGUCAGUCUGCUGAUCAAGUGGGUUUAUCUGCUUGCUUGAGCUCAUGAGCAUGCUAGGACAUCCAAUAGAGCCGUUUUUCUUCUUUUUAGGUGCCUUAUGCUUACUCGAGAACGUAAGAAGCUGCUUUUCAUAACCAUUUAAUCAUCAGUACUGGAUCUUGGUUUUUUCUGCUAUUGCAUUUAGAAAAUGACUCCGAUGUUUCAUUUUUCUGCAUGGUUUAGUAAGACCACCUGUUUUACUGAGAAGUGAAUGAAGAUAAACAUUUUCUGUGUUUUAGAGGCUUGCUUCAGACGUGUAUAGAGAUUUUCUACGAUUUGCCAUUUGUUUGAAGCAGACAUUCUUCUUUUGUUCCCCAUUUUUUUAUUGAUGAUUCUCCCAUUACAUCUGUAUCAAACGUAGUUUUUCCCUGGUACAGGCUGUUCAGAAGGAAAGGGAGGAGAAACUUGUAGUGUUAUUGAAAGAUCGUCUCCAGGAGUAUGUUCUCGGAAAUAAAGAUGCCUUUACAAGUCAUGCUGUAGCCGACGUUAAAAGGCUCUCUAAUGCCGGUAUUCCUAUAACUUCUAUCCCUGUUUAUUUUUCAAUAUGUUACACGUCGCUGUUGUAGAUUGAGGUUGAUACGAGAAGACAUAAUGACUGUAUAAUAUUGAAUUGCCUGAUCCCAGCUCGAGGUUUGAUUUAUAACCCGAUACAAGCUAGAUUGCGUGACACUGCAAUGAUUCACCUGUAGCCGAAAGUUGAUAGGUUGAAGAAUAGAAAUGGUUCAGCAGUGUGAUAUGUUUGUAAUCCCUUCUUGAUGAGCCCAAGCAAUGCUAUGUUGAUAGCUCUCGGAGAACUUGUGCACUGAAAUGCCGUGUAUUCAUGUCGUUUAAAUUGCGAAAGAUGCUUUUAAUUCCAUAGAUCAAAGCAUGAAAAAAUUGUUAAAAUUCCAAUUAGCGGGUGUUGAAAUCCGUAUGUUGCAGGAUUAUCUUGCCGUCGUAUUUCCUCAAAGAAACUAGCGGCUUACCGUUUGUGGUAAAUUCUAGGCCAAUGAUAACAAUUUGAGUUCUAAGGGAAGGGAGCCAAACUUUCUCGGAAAAUAUAUCUCUAAAACCGAAACUUGUCUCUGGUUAUGGUGACGCAUCCUUUCAGCGCCAUGGGGAAUCCAUUGAGGAGUAACGAUUGCUGCAUGCCAGCGUCCAUGGAAGGUGAAAUGGAUCCUUUUAGAAAGAAGCCAGUGUCCCUGAAAAGGCCCUUGAACCCGCCCCUGCCCUAAAGGGGAAACCCUAAUGUCUUUGGAGUUUUUGAAAGCUGAUGCAUUGCUCUUGUACUUUUCUGGGCCGUCCGAACUUGUCUGAUCAAGUCCGUCAUCUAUAUUUUGAUCUUGUGUUUGGCACAGCUUUUGGAGUCGACAUGUUGAGUACGAUCGGGUACAUAUACGCCAGACAGGCGGCAAAGGAGCUCGGCAAAAAAGUGAUCUUUCUGGGUGUGCCGUUUGUGGCCGAGUGGUUCAGAAACAAAGGGCAUUUCAUCAAAUCGCAGUUGACCGCCGCGACAGGUAUGAAUUAUUGUUUCUGUCACUCAGACCUUGCUUGAAAUUCCAAGGGCAUGCCCGUCAAGCAAGUUGGGUGAAUUCCGGAUGAUGGUGGUCAACCCGGCGGGCUCAUGCCCACCCCCGCCGCGUCAAGCAAGUGGGGUGAAUUCAAAUGAUGAUGGUCAACCCCCGGGCUCAUGCCGCCGGUCAAGCAAGUGGGAUGACUUCAAAUGAUGGUGGUCAACCUGGUGCGCUCAUCAUGCCAUUGUCAUCCAUGGCAGGUGUCAUCGCCCUGAUGCAAAUCCAGGAGGAGAUGAAGCAACAGCUCAGUGAUGAGGGCAGGUACACCGAGGAGGAGCUUGAGCAGUACAUGGAAUCGCACAAGAAGGUGAUGGUCGACUCUCUGUGGAAGCUUAAUGUCGCCGACAUCGAGGCCACCCUCUCUCGCGUCUGUCAGAUGGUGAGCCUCCUCUCUCUGCCGUCCGUCGCACUUUUUUUCAGUUUUUUCUCUCUCCUCUGGCUCAUCUGGAACCCCCGAGCUUAUGGUGGCAGGUUCUCCAAGAGAACAACGUUAAGAGAGAGGAGCUCCGUGCCCGUGCCAAGGCAUUGAAAACUCUCGGGAGGAUAUUUCAGGUGCUCAUCUUCUUCAUGUUCUUUCUUAAUAGCAGCUCCUUAAUAUUCCUCUCUCUCUCUCUCUCUUCUUUCUCUCUCAAGAUGAAGUGAAGUGACCAUCUUCUUCUUCUUCUUCUUCUUCUUCUUCUUCUUCUUCUUCAGAGUGUGAAGUCGGGCAAUGGAAGUGAGGUCGAGGGUUCACUUCCAGGGACCACCCAGGAGAAGUUGAGUGGAAACAAGACGGGGUCCGACAGGGCUUCUGACGUCUUGCCAGGCCCGCAGGCCCCCCUUGAGGAGCCGCCGUCCCACGAAAUCCCUCCCACUUCUGAGGUAGGUGUCAUUUUCUCUACAGUUUGAUUACCAUUGAGAUUAUGAAACAGUAUAAUUAUAAUUAAAGAUUACAAAACAGUACGAUUAUAAUCGAGAUUAUAAAACAGAAUGAUUAUAAUUAAGAUUAUAAUAUCUUGUGCUCACCGGUGCUGGCAUGUUCAUCAUCCGUAGCAGAGCCCGUAUGUGGAGGCGCCCAAAGUCUCGGGUUACCAGUUCGGCAGCUUCAACAUGCCGAUGCCGGCAGCACCGCCCGGUGCCACCAGGAGGUGA